UCGCCAUUGGUCCGCGUAGUGAAUGUUUGUAAAAGCCGAUUGGCGGAGAAGAUGAGGCGCUGUUACCCGGAAGCCUCCUAAAAGAGCCUAGGCUCCUCCGGCGGCAAGAACCGCGGCGACUGUACAGACCGAUGUGUAUGCGGGAAAGAGCCACUUGAAAUAUUUAUGUCAGCUGAGAUCUCUUUGCCCAAAACAAAUAUGGCCGCUUUUGUCUCUGCCGUCAAACGUUGGCGCAUAGUUACGUAGUCCAGAGCGGUCGGGAUUGGUUGGAUAGAGUGACGUGUUUAGUUGGGCUUUGAAGCUGUUGUUUUGCAGCUGGCGGGAAGUUGAGGUGGUCGGCUUUUUCCUGCAGAGUAUAACAGGUCUUCUCUGACAAACAUGUCUGUUGUACCCAUGUGUUACGAAACCCAAUAUUUUGGGUUUACACCCCAAACCUGCGUUCUUCGACUGUAUAUUUCAUUUCAAGACUACUUAUUUGACAUGCUGCUCGUUGUGGAAAGCGUGAUCCUGAAGAAAAUAGAGAAAUUUCCUGAAUGUGGGAUUAGCAAAUUGGAGGUUCGCCAAAGCACCGAAAAGUAUUUGACUUUUGUAAAUGAUCGCUUCAAUCAGUUGUUUCAGAGGAUGGAGAAAUGUCUAUUGAAAAUGGUACUGAAUGUACCCAGACAUGUUCUGCUGCCGGAAGACAAGGUCCAUGCAGAAUUCUCAUACAGCAAGGAAAAGUUUGACUAUCUGCAAAGUGACACCAGGUCCCUACAGGCGCAGUGCCGAGCAGAGUCCCAGGCUACUCAGGCUCUUCUGGCCGAACUGGAGGAGCAGAAAGUCGUGCAAGCAGAGCUGGGAAAGAUACUGACGUGGUUUGAUGGGAUGGACAAAAUCUGCAGAGAACAUGGAAACUUUGACUUGUUGGAGAGCUUUGCAUUCAUGGCCCAGACAUCAAAGAAACUGCAGGGCUCAAUGAAGGAAAUAGAUGAAAAACAUAAGAAACUGAGACUUGACGUAACAUCCAAUAAAGCUGUAUGUUAAGUAAAAUACAUGGACUUAA